AUGCGUACUCGUUUGCUAUUCGAUUUCAAAAAGGCGACCCCUUCACAGCUGGAAAAGUUCUGGAACACGCGGCGUGGUAUAUGUGUGCGUGGAAACACUGGAAAGUGGGUUGGGCAGUUUUUCCAUGAAGCCCGGAAUGCUUUCGGCAUAGGAGUGGAUUGGAAGCCCUCUCAACGGUUUAGUUGGGAUGUGAAUGACGAAGGACCAUUGGAGAUUACCUUGAACCGCAAUCUGGGAAAGCGUGAAUGGCCGAGCAAGAGCUGGAUUCGCAACCGUCGCAAAUUCCCUAAGUAG